GAAAUUUAUCCACGUCUCUUAUACGUCACAGCGGACAGAGGGGCGGUGGCAGGGUGGAGGAGGAGCGGGCUGACGGAGAGCCAUGCUGUCCCUGAGCUGCGCUGUGGGUCCGGGGCAGGUGGAGGUGGUAGAGGCCAACCUGGACGACAGCCUCACGAGCCUGCAGUGGCUGCAGGAGUUCUCCAUCCUCGGUGCCAGCGAGCCCCCGCGCGCGCCCCCGGGCGCGCACCUUCAUGGCCGGCACGCGCCGCCGGGCUCCCCCCUGGCCGCGGACCCCGCCUCCUUCGGCACGCCGCUGACUCCCGGGAAGCCCACGGCGGCGGCCUACAGCCGGAUGCAGGUCCUCCCGGGCAUCGUGGCGCACGGGCACUGCCCCGACGACGUGGACUACAAAACGAACGCGCGCAUCAAGCCGCCGUACUCGUACGCGACGCUGAUCUGCAUGGCGAUGCAGGCCAGCAAGAAGACCAAGAUCACCCUGGCCUGCAUCUACAAGUGGAUCACCGAGAACUUCUGCUACUACCGGCAUGCCGACCCCACCUGGCAGAACUCCAUCCGACACAACCUGUCACUCAACAAGUGCUUCAUCAAGGUGCCGCGGCAGAAGGACGAGCCGGGGAAGGGCGGCUUCUGGAAGAUCGACCCGCAGUACGCCGAGCGCCUGCUGAGCGGCGCCUACAAGAAGAAGCGGAUGCCGCCGGUCCAGAUCAACCCGGCACUGCAGAGCCGGCUCCGGGUCGACCCCCAGUCUAGAGGCCCCUGGGGUUCCGCAGGAGGUCCCGGCGGCCUGAGCGUCGACCCUGAGGCCCAGAGGCUCCUCCGCCAGUUUGAGGAGACGACCGGCGCAGACCAGAACUGGGACCCCCACCUCGCCGACGGCACCAUGCUGGGGUCCUGGCCCGUGGUGCGAGGGAGAGGAGGCCCCAGGAGGAAACCAGGCUCCAGGGCCGCCGGUGCCAAGAACCCCCGGCUCUCCAGCUCGCCGCUGCUCCCCCCGGACGAGCAGAAGGACAUCGGGCCCCUCAAGGGUGACUUUGACUGGGACGCCCUGCUGGACUCGGCCCUCAACGGGGAGCUCAGUCUGGACGGAGGAGAACCUCUGAGCCCCAUCCUGAAGGAGGAGGACCUGACAGUGCGGGGGACCCACAUAUCUUCCGCGGGUACAUCGGAGGUCCACGUGCUGGUGGAGACCCAGAGGAACACCGACGGGUCGGACUUUGACGAGGAGACCUUCCUCGCCACCGCCUUCCUGGAGACCCCCUGGCCCGGGGAGGAGGAGGAGCAGGGCCGCAGCGACUUCCUCUGCAGCUCCUCCGUCGGCUUGGACCAGCUGUUUGACCUCGGAGACCCGUUGGGUGGAGACCCGAGCACCCGGAUCGACACCCUCCUCUGAGGAGGAGCUGGUCCUCUUUCUGAAAACAAGGAAUAACAGACUCUCUUUUUUUAACUCUCAAAAAACCCCGAUUGACUUUUUCAAAAUGUGUAAAACAUCGAGUUACUUUUGGAUGUAGAUUCAUGGAGGAAAUGAACAAAGAUGCAGUCCGAAUAAUCAUGGAACCGUGGAAAAGAACUGGAGACUGAAGUCAUUUUCAGAAUCUGGUUUUGUUUGUAGGAGCUCAGCGGGUCGUGAGCGCUGCAGUGAUGACGUCAUUCUGUUGCUAACAGGAAGUUAGCGUCCCCCCGCUGCAGUGAUGACGUCAUUCUGUUGCUAACAGGAAGUUAGCGUCCCCCCACAGACUCGGCUGUUGUUAGUUAAUAAUCCCUGUGGUAUUAGCGUGUCCCAGAGAAGUCUAUGAGAAAAGGAGGGGAGCAGGGGGCGCUUUAGGGCGGGGCUACAAGCUGAUUGAGAGGUCCCUAGCAGAGACGUCUAUGCAUCCUCCUCAGUCCAUAUGAGGUCACUUCCUGUUCCUGAAAAGAUGGCUGCCCCGAUUCCUAAAGUCAUCCACAAAGCUACGAGACGACGACGGCUUCUUAUGAACAGUCCACCAAGGUCACGUAGACCACCAGAGGGGCGUUCACUGACCGGGUUUACAGCGCAGAACUAAACGUUACCGUAUCUUCAGCUCGUGUUCAGGAAGCGGAAAUGAAAUGUUCAAUAUUAAUUCUAAUGAUCUGCUACACGGAGCUGAAAUAAGACGUUGAUGUCAGUUGGUCCCAGUGGUCAAAUGUGAUGCCACAACAAACCAACAUGAAACAUGAAUUCAUUGAGGUUUCAAAUGAGCUUUUUCAGUUGGACAGCUUCUUGUUGCUUCAUCAAACAUAAAUGAAGCGUUCGAUGCUUCACGAGGACGCGUCCCGGCCGUGCGUGUCUGCUGGUGAUUCAUGUGUACGCCACAAUCACCAGCAACACAUUUGCCAAAUGUUUGGUUUAGAAGUGACGUCCAGUAUUUGUUCCUGUUUGCAUCCAAACAUAAUUAGGACCAGUUGAACUACAUCAUUAAUGAUCACAUCACAUUUAGCUUUUAUCCAAAGCGACUUACAAUGAGUGCAUUUCAACCAUAAGGACACAAACUCAGAAGAUCAAUAAAUGCUGAUCAUCACCAUCAGAGGAGAUGGAACAGAGCUGGUUGAUUUCAGCAGAGAAGUUAUUCUCCAGUUAGUUAAGUAGCAGUCAACUCCAGGCUAACUUAUCCAUCGAGGAGCUGCGGAGACCUUUGAAAGGUCUCGUUUAAGAGCCUCGUAAAUGAGCAGCCGACCUUCUGCGUGCCAAGAACAACAUUCCCUUUUUACCUCAAAGACAAAAUGUCCUUUUUCUGCCUUUAUUUUCUCUCCCAAACAAAAGAUCUGAAUUCUUUCGAUUAACUAAACCAGAGCCUUAACUUCGGUUCUCCUCUAAAAUGUGUGGCAGUGCAAUCGAUGUGCAGCUGGUCUCGUUUCACAUGAACCAGCUGGGUUUGUGUUUGUGCGUCUUCCCUGUGAAGUCACGGACACGAUGUCGCCCGCACGCUUUGUUUUGGGUUUGUUUUACACUUUUCGUUGUCAAUAAAAAAUAAAGUUUUACUGCA